AUGACGUCUCUAACACACAACAGGAGAUUUGUCUUUCAAGGCAACCUAAAUAGGCUACUAUCAGAUGCCAAAAGGUUCCCUCCGAGUUCAAACCCGUGCCAAAAAUGCGCUCAAAGAAAACGGGCCUGCAUCUGCUCUCAAAUUACCAAAGGUGUUGGAAGGACACAAGUAUAUGAGAUAGAAGAACUUUCCGAGACAAAGAGUAUACUAAACGAGUUGAGAGAUUCUCUAGAUGACGUUGACAUGGAAAAAUGGUCCGUACAUACCAAACUUUUGGAUGUAACCUCUCUCACUGGCAAACACAUUUCGGAAAUAACAGUAAAUGUUAAUGGGAGAAAUGAAGCCGGAGUGGAAUUCGUUACAAAUGCAUGGAUUAAAAUGUAUGAGAUAUUGGAAUUUUACAAAAUUUUGGACUUGAUUGCACCAAACCUCAAGACGAGUGGUGGUAAAAUCUCAUCAUUUCACAUUUCAGAAUGCCCUGGUGCUUUUAUCGCAGCAUUAAAUCAUAAUAUAAAGGUAAAAAAUGAACGUGCCGAAUUACACUGGCUCGCAACCUCUUUGAACCCAUAUUAUGAAGGAAAUAACCACAAUGAAGUUCUGGCUGAAGAUAUUCUAUUCAGGGAAACGUAUCCCAACUGGAUAGUUGGAUUUGAUGGCUCUGGAAAUAUCACAAAAUCGGGGAAUAUUGAAUAUAUUUGGGAUCAUAUUAGCAGACCUAGUCGCCAUAACAAGGGGAAAACUCCAACUCUAGUAGAUAUUGUAACUGCUGAUGGUUCGUUCAACUGUCAACAUGAUCCAAACAACCAAGAGAAUUUAACUGCAUCACUUAAAUUCUCGGAAACAAUUUGUGCACUCGGCCUACUGCGUGUAGGGGGUUGUUUUAUUCUUAAAAUGUUUACAAUGUUUGAGGAGUCAUCGCUUUCUAUAAUGGCUCUCUUGAGUUUGUGCUUUAAAAGACUUGAGGUAUAUAAACCUACAUUCUCAAAGUGCUCCAGUUCGGAGGUAUAUGUUGUUUGUAUGGAGUUUAAUGGGAUAACAUCCAUCUUGCUUUCAACACUCUGUAAAUUUGUGGAUUUAUACGCACGACAGAGCGAUUCACGUUCCCAAAAAGAAAAGACUGCUAUAAUACCAAAGGAAUGGAUAACAUCUGCCUUCCGUGCAGAAUUUGUGGAAUGCUCAAAAAUGUUCACCCAAGCUCAAUGUAGAUUUUUAAGGACAUCAAUGCAACAAUAUGGAGCAAAUCUGGAUGAAAAUCCAUUGUAUAAGCAGAAGAGGGAAUUUGCAAAGGAGUUUAUUAAAAAGUAUGAAAUACAGGGAAUAAAACCAGAGUCCAGACUUGUAAAAUAUAUGGCGUAUACGAAUCAAGUUCUUACCGGGAAGGAUACAAGUUCUUUAUUCCAUGUUCAGAAGAGAGCUAUUCUUGACUUGAAAAAUAGGAAGGAGUAUAAGAGUGAUUAUGACGAGUUACAAAAGGAGAGAAAAAGACCACGUGAUGCACUCUAUAUAACCGCAAAUGAAACGGAAGCUAACACUCACACUGAAUCUGUCAAUAAAAUUAUAGACUUUGCAAAGAGAUAUAAAAUAGAACUUUCUAAAAGUGACAAGAAAGAUAUCCGAAUAUCCUUUUUGCCUUCCAUAGUUGAGGAUUUGCUUUCUGAUUUACGAUCUCAAAAAUAUCUCCGUGAAAACUGGUUUUCAGUUGGAAGAAUAUCGCCCUCUGACUUUAAAAUGUCAUUCUUUGUUUCUAAUGAUAUCCUUUAUGAUGUAACAGCCCUAAGAACAUAUCUAAAUUCUGCUCUUCCUCUAUGUACAGAGUCUGACGCCCUCUUAGUUGGGAGUUCCUCCGGAGAGGCACUUUCUGACAUUUCAUUACCUCCAAGUGCAGUAGCUGUGGAGCUUGCAAUGGUAAUUAAAAAAUACUCUGACAUAGGAAAAUACAAAUACUAUUUGGAAAUUAGUGGUUCACAGCAAUUUCCUGCCAUUUGUAUAUUCAAGAGACACAAUGUGCAUGGGUCAUUGAUACAUGUGCAAAGUAAACAUACAGACUCUGCUACUACAAGCAUUGAAUAUUCUGGAACCUAUGAGCUGCAAAUCAUUCUCGGAGGUUUUGUGGGUGACGGAACAAUCGAUUUAUGUUUUGAGUAUAACUAUGAUGAAAUGUUAAAGCAAUCUCAACCAUACAAGUCUCUCAUAACUGAACUUGGAGAUUCUCCCCUUAAAAGAUCCUGUGAUUUUAUAUUUUGUGAUGUUGAAAAUUUUGGAAGUCAUCACAGAGAAGUCGUUCAUGGGGAAAUUUCUACUAAACAUGUACUUGUAGCUCAACUUGUUCAGGCGAUGACUUGUAUAGCAGAUGGAGGUGACUUGAUUAUUCGUAUGUCAACCGUGUACACACGUUUUACGGUUGGAAUUAUCGUAGUAUUAUCUUCUGUAUUUCAAAGCGUACAUUUGUAUCAACCGGAAGCUGUAUCUCCAUGGACUCAAAAGGUGUAUAUAGUAUGUCAAGGUUACAAAGAGGACACUGUUUGCCGUCACUUUACGCAGUGUCUUUGGGAUGCUCUGUGCUUACACAAGAAGAGCAAUGUAGACGUACUUCAAACACUUAGACCUUUGUAUUUUACACAAAUUGCCAGGGAAUUGUGGAAUUUUAAUACUACACUACUAUAUAACCACUUUGAAGAUCUGGUCCUUCACACAAAGCCACCAAAUGUUUCCAACGUACAAACUAUAUGUAAAAGGUUCUUACAGGAUCACAAUCUUCUCGAAAUAUUUUAUCCUCAACCACUCCUUGAUGCAUCAAAUAUGCAAAUGCCUUCUGUAUCAAAGGAGGAGGAAGAAAUUAAAACACUAAAGAGACCUUUGGAAGAACCUGAUUCACCGGCGUUAACACUAUCUCCAGUGGACGAAAAUCAUUCCCCAAUAUGGUCAAGUGAUGAAGAGUAG